UGCCUGCUUUCAAUGUCAUCAAUGGUGGAUCACAUGCAGGAAACAAACUUGAUAUGCAGGAAUUUAUGAUUCUUCCUGUUGGAGCAUCCACUUUUAAGGAGGCCAUGAAGAUGGGUGUGGAAGUAUUUCACCACUUGAAGGCUGUGAUCAAGAAGAAAUAUGGUCAGGAUGCAACAAAUGUUGGUGAUGAAGUUGGCUUUGCUCCAAAUAUUCAGGAGAACAAAGAGGGCCGUGAGUUGCUUAAGACAGCCAUUGCUAAAGCUGGUUACACAGGCAAAGUUGUUAUUGGAACAGAUGUUGCUGCAUCUGAAUUUUACGGAGCAGACGAGAUCUAUGAUCUGAACUUCAAAGAAGAGAAAAAUGAUGGAUCACAGAAGAUUUCGGGGGCUCAGCUUAUAGAGAUGUGCAAGUCAUCUAAACUUCUAAUCUAAGAAUCGAUGGAUAUGUUUUUAUCUUAUUUGGAAAAAAAAAACUUAAACACGACACGGAACAAAAACAGAGCAAUGCAGACAGAGCACCGAACAACGACCAAUGACAUUGCUCAAGAACGUCAUCACAAAUGACCCUUGUCCCAGUUCAAACCAAAAAAAAAUACCAUCCCCUUUCAUUUUUAUUGCAAAAAAUUAACAUUUUUUUAAAGAAAUCAAAAUUUAUUUCAUUUUUC